AGCUCGGAGGAGAAAACAUUCCACAUUCCACAACUCUUUCAAUUAAACAUUCAACGAGGGUCAAGAAAUUUACACUCAAUUAAGAGUUUGCGCGAGCAUCUAUGACUCUCCGUACUCUCCGCACACAUGUCGAAAUUUUCAUAUUAAUCGAUUUGCGUUAGUUCGUCAUCAUCACUGCUCAAGUUUGCAAUGAAAGUACUGAUUUUCGCAAUUUCUGUCUUCUAUUUGGCAUCUGAUGCGGCAAAAAUCACGCCAAAUUACGAUUUUCCCGAUGAAAAAGUAAAAAUUCUCGAAAUUGGGAGUGUUCUCACGCUCGUUUGCGUCGUCAGCGAACGUCAUGAAGCGCCUCUUCGUUGGUACAAGCAGCAAAAUGCAUCAUCAACACCGCUUCUCAUCACCUCCAAUCAUCACUACAAACUAAAACACGAAGCUCUGAGAAUCGAAAAAGCCGUUUCGAGUGAUGCUGGCGUUUAUUUUUGCGAAAUUCCCGAUGAAACUGCCACAAAAGAGACUUUUACGGUGAUCGCCAAUGUCAAAGCGGUCAUAAAUGAGCAAUAUUACUUUGUUGAUACGGAAACGCUGAAUAUUACCUGCGCUGUGGAUGGCACAGAUCCUGUCAUAACGUGGCGUGUGGCGAAUUUUACAAUUACCGAAAGUACGGGAAAAUUCGUUGUUGAGAGAAAUUUGAAGAAAAAGUACGGGAGAUUGUUGGUGAAGAAUGUUAAGACGAAUGACACGAAUGUUUAUUGGUGUGUCGUGCAGAAUAGAGCAACAGAGUUGCUGGGAAUCGAUAGACAAGUUGCGACAAAAGUUCACAUUUGGCAGCAAUAUGUGAUUUUGUGGCCGUACAUUGGAGUUUGCUUCGAAGUGGCGAUUUUGUGUGCCGGAAUUUGGUAUUACGAGCAAAAGUGUAAGAAGGCAGAGAUGGAAGACGAUACGGAAGAGCUUGAGGAAGAUGACGAAUAUGACAUUGGAAGUAAUCCUAUCUCCAUAGCCACUCUCAAAAAUCAUCACAAGUGCCAAUCAAUUAAUUCUCGCUUGUUAACUAAACUCGUACAACAACAACAAAAAUAUUCACUUUACUACCGCGAUGAUGAAUUUCAGUUCCGAGCGCUACAACUACACAAACAACUUCAAAAUAAUUGCCUUAAUAAUCACUCGAAUCAUCACAUACGAAAAAAUGUUCAAUUCUCAUGUCGUUGUCGCUCUUUUGUUCUAACAACCAACAACAACGUUCUCCAUUAAAAGGCAAUAAAUGUAGUUUUA